AUGGCGGAAACUCUCCGCAAAAUCCGUGAGAACAAACACUUUGACGAGAUGAAAAAGGUCGGCGCCGAAACCACGCAGGCUCUGGGCAAAUCAUUGGAGUUUUCUACGGAUCUCACUGACGAUCGCUUGACCAUCUCCACCCCUGCCGUCGGGCCCUACAUACUCGAGAUCAACCACCCCGGACAGCAGAUAGUCUUCACGUCGCCCUUUUCGAACGUCAGGUACUUCAGCUAUGUUAUAGGCUUCAGCCGGAGAGAGAAUUGGGACGGGCAAGACGUCGAGGAAGACGGUUGCAAGGAUGGAAACAGCGACAUUUUCCGAGACGGAAAAUGGCUGGACCGCACGGAUGGCGCAAGUCUGGCGGAUUUUUUAAGGGCUGAGAUGGGGUUGGAGAUACCAGUUGUCUUUGAGCCGGGGGAGACACUGUCUAUUCCAGUCGUAUCAUUCGGCUAA